UUCCUUAUUCCCUCCACUUCAGAUCUACAGUUUGAAGACAGGUGUAACCAACAUUUGGUGAAGUGCAGGAGCUGACAGACCUCAUUCACUGCAGAAACACAUGCUGUUUGGAUCAGAGCUCAAACUGGUUUGAGUUCUCAGAAAGUGAAACUUAAGACAGUCGUUGCCACUGAGAGGUGAGAUGGCGCAGAAAGGAGUUCAGCUGGACCAGGAAGCCUUCUCUUGUUCCAUCUGUCUGGAUCUCCUGAAGGAUCCGGUGACUACUCCCUGUGGACACAGCUACUGCAUGAACUGUAUUAAAACCCACUGGGAUGAAGAGGAGGAGAAAAAAAUCCACAGCUGUCCUCAGUGUAGGCAGACCUUCACACCGAGGCCUGUCCUGCGGAAAAACACCAUGUUAGCAGUUUUAGUGGAGGAACUGAAGAAGACUGGACUCCAAGCUGCUCCUGCUGAUCACUGCUAUGCUGGACCUGAAGAUGUGGCCUGUGAUGUCUGCACUGGGAGAAAACUGAAAGCCCUCAAGUCCUGUCUGGUCUGUCUGGUCUCUUACUGUGAGAAACACCUGCAGCCUCAUUAUGAUGUGGCUCCAUUAAAGAAACACAAGCUGGUGGAGCCCUCCAAGAAGCUCCAGGAGAACAUCUGCUCUCGUCAUGAUGAGGUGAUGAAGAUGUUCUGCCGUACUGAUCAGCAGAGUAUCUGUUAUCUCUGCUCUGUGGAUGAACAUAAAGGCCACGACACAGUCUCAGCUGCAGCAGAAAGGACCGAGAGGCAGAGAGAGCUCGAGGUGAGUCGACAAAACAUCCAGCAGAGAAUCCAGGACAGAGAGAAAGAUGUGAAGGUGCUUCAGCAGGAGGUGGAGGCUAUCAAUGGCUCUGCUGAUAAAGCAGUGGAGGACAGUGAGAAGAUCUUCACCGAGCUGAUCCGUCUCAUGGAGAAAAGACGCUCUGAUGUGAAGCAGCAGGUCAGAUCCCAGCAGGAAACUGAAGUGAGUCGAGUCAAAGAGCUUCAGGAGAAGCUGGAGCAGGAGAUCACUGAGCUGAAGAGGAAAGACGCUGAGCUGAAGCAGCUCUCACACACAGAGGAUCACAACCAGUUUCUACACAACUACCCCUCAGUGUCAGCACUCAGUGAAUCUACAGACUCAUCCAGCAUCAACAUCCGUCCUCUGUGGUACUUUGAAGAUGUGACAGCGGCUGUGUCAGAAGUCAGAGACAAACUACAGGACGCUCUGAGUGAGAAAUGGACAGACAUCUCACUGACAGUGACUGAAGUAGAUGUUUUAUUGUCAGAUCCAAAGCCUAAGACCAGAGCUGGAUUCUUAAAAUAUUCACGAAACAUCACACUGGAUUUAAACACAGCACACGCAAAGCUGUUAUUAUCUAAGGGGGACAGAAGAGCAACAUUCAUGGAAGAAGAAGAGUCAUAUUCUAGUCACCCAGACAGAUUCACUGACAAGCUUCAAGUCUUGAGUAGAGAGAGUUUGACUAGACGUUGUUACUGGGAGGUGGAGAAAGGUGAGGGAGGAGUUUUAGUAGCAGUAGCAUACAAAGACAAUAACAGUUUAAAUGAAAGAUUUGGCGAUAAUAACAAGUCUUGGGCAUUAGGAUUUUACAAACGUCGUUAUGAAUUCAGAUGGAAUAACGUCACAUAUGCCGCCUCAGGUCCUCAGUCCUCCAGAGUAGGAGUGUACCUGGAUCACAGAGCAGGUAUUCUGUCCUUCUACAGCAUCUCUGAAACCAUGACUCUCCUCAUCAGUCUCAAGACCACAUUCACUCAGCCUCUCUAUGCUGGAUUUCAUCUUUAUGGUCCCACUGGAAACACUGCUGAGAUAUGCGAGCUUAAGUAGGCAAACACUGCUGAA